UCCACUCGUCCUUUCAUUCACAAAAGCAUUUAAUUUUUCACUUGAUCAGUUACAAAACUUGAUUACCAACAUGGAUUUUACAGGUUCAGGAAGACUCAUGCUAGUAAUGAUGGCAGCUUCCCUGUGGGGAAUGAGUAUGGCCAACAGGGAUUGGGGCUCUGGCUCCAACCAAACUGGCUGGGGCUGGGGCCCUUAUCAUCCCCCAAAUCAAACAGAAGGCCCCAACAUCAUCAAUGUUGGUGGGUCGGAAAAUUGGCACUUCGGCUUCAAUUACACUGAAUGGGCAUUCCAAAAUGGUCCAUUCUACUACAAUGAUACUCUAGUGUUCAAAUAUGAUCCACCAAGCAACACCACAUUUCCUCACAGCGUUUACUUGCUACCAAACCUAUGGAGCUUCCUGACUUGUGACUUGAGAAGAGCAAAGAAGAUUGCAGAUCCAACCCAAGGAGGCGGAGACGGCUUCCACUUUGUGCUCAAUAGGUGGAGGCCCUAUUACUUUGCUUGUGGUGAACGUAACGGUUUCCAUUGCAAUGUUGGUCGUAUGAAGUUUAUGGUGGUGCCAUUUUUUCGUUGGCACCAUUGAUCGACGGAGAUGAGAGCAGGGAAGAUGCAGUGCUGCUUUAUACAAGGUUUUUAAUUAGUGAACAAGAUAAUUGUAAGGAUUGAUAGUUUGGUUUGUCAGUUUUGUUUUUAUACUUUUCAUUCGAGAUUACAAGCUGAGCUUAGAAUAAACCAAAGCUUCGCUUGGUACAGAUUGUGUUCCAAGGGAAGAUAAUUUCCUUCCGAUUUUGUGUCUUUCUUUUCAAGUUAAAAAUGGUGUCUUUAUACAUUUCAAUUAUUGUCUACAAGUUAUUAAUUUUAGUUUAAUGAGAAGUUUUUUCAU